CCUCCCCCUGGUUAGCCACCUUCCAAGCCUAUCGCACGCCCCCUCCCUGCAGCUUCCAUCAAAGGGAGGAAGACAGAGAUCAGGAAAGAGAGAGAGAGUGGAAAAGAGAGAGAGAGAGAGAUUGAGGCGAUGCUUCAGGAGGAUUAACAACUGAUCGAAACUUCCAAGAAGAGAGAGAGAGAGAGAGAAAGGCUCCUUCCUCCCCCGAUCCAAGCUUGUGGUGGCUCUUCAGAGUUGAAUGAGUGGCGAUGUGCAGGAAAGCGCUCCUAGCCCUCCUGGUUUAUGGGAUACUCAUGCACUGCAGCGUCUACUGCUCCCCUACUGCCGGACUUCAGUUCCCCACCUUGAGUAGGUUGGAAGAUGAGGUGUACGACGAGGAGGGCAACCCUCUGUCCGACUAUGCCUUCGAGAGCGAGCCCAUCGGCAUAGCUGACCCGGCCUCCAUGCUGGACGACGUCUACACCUUGUAUUACCCGCCGGAGAAGAGACACGCGGAUGGGAUAUUUAAUAAAGCCUACCGGAAAGUGCUGGGCCAGCUGUCGGCGAGGAAGUAUCUGCAUUCCCUGAUGGCCAAGCGGGUGGGUGGGUCAGCCAGCGGCCUGGAGGACGACUCGGAGCCGCUCUCCAAGAGGCAUUCGGACGGCAUCUUCACAGACAGCUACAGCCGCUAUCGAAAACAAAUGGCUGUCAAGAAAUACUUGGCGGCAGUCCUGGGGAAAAGGCCAUGUGACGCAGGAUGCCGUUGGCAGCUUUUCCGUGCCUUCCCUUCGCCUUUUAAAUCGCCACGAGUUCACAGAUGGCUAUUUAGUGGCCCUACAAUGCUGCAACACAUCAGCUUGCAUUUCUUCCUUUCCGUUUGGUUCGGUUCCUUCGUUUUUGUUUUUCCUUCCUCUUUCUGAUUGAGUCUCUUUGCAAAUUCCUCGGGGGUAAACAACAAAAAAAACCCACCCUAAAAAGCCUCUCGAGUCGUUCCUUGGACGAGGAAGAGACGGUGGGCGGGAGCUGUGGCUGCGUGUGUUUGUUGCGUGUCCCUUGUGUUGGUGCGGGGCUCCUUGCCUUCCCUUCCUUCCUUCCUCCUUUACUUCCUCCCUUCCUUUCUUCGACGUGCCAGUAACGCUGAGCUAAGCUUCUGCCUUGCCAAGUCCAGUGUGGGCUAGUCAGUUUGCAGCCUCUGUUUUGCGCCCCACGAGCCAGCCGUGGCCGCCUCUGUAGGAUUAGCUGUCCGCCAAAAGCCUUAAAUCCAACGGAUCCCAUUGGAAAUCCAGUGAUCACUGAGGUUAGAUGUCCGUCUUUUGGAGAUAUUUAUAUCUUAACUAUAUAAUCUAUCUAUAUAUCUAUAUCUAUAUAUUUUCCUUCUUUCUGUGUCGCAACUUGAGUAUCAAAACAAAACAAAACAAAAAACAAGCACUACAACAACUAGCUGCAACAAAAAACGUAUGGCUGGUGACAGCACCCAUGGUCUCACUCGUUAGGACCUUGAAAACUGUUACUGCAAAGUGUGUAAAGUUUGUAUUAAUAAAUUUUUGUAAACAA